GCUAAACGCGACCAACGGUGGUGACGUCAUAUUUGCGCGUCCGUGUUUUUGUUGAGAAGCCACUGUUUGAUUUUGCUGUUGUUAUCAUGGUGAUGUUUCCAAGUUCACUGACGGAAGAAGAGGAGGCUCUGCAAAAGAAAUAUGCUAAACUCAAGAAAAGGAAAAAGGCGCUGCUUGCCUUGAAGAAGCAGAGUUCAACCAACCAGACAAACCAGAGUGGCUUAAAACGGACUCUGUCGGACCAGCCUGUCGUUGACACGGCAACAGCCACAGAGCAAGCAAAGAUGCUGAUCAAGACGGGUGCCAUCAGCGCCAUCAAAUCAGAGAACAAGAACUCAGGCUUUAAACGCUCUCGAAUGCUGGAAAUUAAACUCAAGGACCCUGAGAAAGGCUCAAUUCCUGCUUUCUUACCUUUCCAAAGGAGUGUCUCUACAGAUGAAGAACCACCUGAGUCUGGAAAAAGAUCCCAGAGGAAGUCUCUGUAUGAGAGCUUUGUCAGCUCAAGAGACCGAUACCGGGAUGAAGAGGACGGAAGUGGCAUGUCGUCAACCCGCGAAGUGGACAGAGACGGAGAGCGUGACCGAGAGCGCGACCGAGAGCUGGAUAGAGAGCGAGACAGAGAUAGAGAAAGAGACAGAGACAGAGACAGAGAAAGAGACAGAGAGCGAGACAGAGAAAGAGACAAAGAAAGAGACAGAGAUAAAGACCGGGAGAUGGAGAGGGAGAAGGAGAAGGAGAAAGAGAAGGAGAAGGAGAAGGAGAAGGAGAAGGAGAAGGAUAGAGACAGAGGCAGGGACAGAGAAAGGGAUCGGGACAGAGAAAGAGAAAGAGACCGGAGCAGAGACACGGAUCGAGACCGGGACAGGGAACGGGACAGAGAAAGGGACAGAGAAAGAGAUGCACCAUUCAGACGUUCAGAUUCAUACCCAGAGCGGAGAGGGGUACGAAAAGGGAACACGGUGUAUGUUUACGGCUCUGGGCUCGGCGAGGACAACCUGCGCUCUUCUUUCUCUCAACAUGGAAACAUCAUCGACCUCUCCAUGGACAACCCGCGCAAUUGUGCAUUUAUCACUUAUGAGAAGAUGGAGUCUGCAGACCAGGCCGUAGCUGAGUUGAAUGGAGCCAUGGUGGGAGACAUUCACGUCAAAGUUAGCAUCGCCAGGAAGCAGCCCAUGCUGGAUGCUGCCACAGGCAAAUCUGUCUGGGCUUCACUGGCUGUGCAGAACAGCACUAAAGGCUCCUACAGGGACAAGAGGAAUCAAGUCGUGUACAAUGAAGAUUUCCUGUGAUGCAAAGAAAGAAAAAAAACGUUUUUAUUUUAUUUUGGCAUAUAGCUUUUCAUGUUGUUUUAAUGAAGUUACCCAGCUGUUGAACGUGUCUGUUGCAGCUUAAAUACAAACUUAACUGUUGUCGUUUGGAUUAGAUCACUUUACCUGCCUCAUGGUUGGUAUGUGAUGCUGUAUGGCCUCACUAGAGAAACUAGAGAUACAGUUUGACGCUGAAUAAAGAGUAUCUGUGUAUUGUUACCUUGA